AUGCAGAAUCCCAAGAUAGCAAUCAUCGGGGCAGGGCCUGCCGGAUGUCUACUAGCACGCCUGUUGUAUCUAUCCAAGGUCGAAGCAACUGUCUUUGAGAGUGAAGCUUCACCAAAUUUUCGAUGGGAGGGUGGAAGUCUGGAUUUACACACGAAUACCGGGUUGGCCGCACUGAAGGAAGCCGGCCUUUUCGAAGAAUUCCUCAGGUAUGCAAGAUACGACGGCCAGUACUUAGCCAUCGUCGACAAAAACAAUAAACCCUGGUUUGUCAAGUCCGCAACUGGUCUCGGCAGUACUGCACAAGAGCGCCCGGAGAUUGACCGCUCCAAGUUACGUGAGAUUCUUGCCGAGUCUCUCCCCAAAGACGUGAUCAAAUGGGGACACCGCCUCAGAGAAGUCAAGGAGGAUGGCAGUCUCGUCUUUGAACACACCACCAUUACUGGCUUCGAUCUAGUCGUAGGUGCGGACGGGGCUUGGAGCAAGGUCCGCAAACUCCUGGCGCCGGAUGUCAAGCCAUUGUGGAGUGGAAUCAAGUUGUACGGCAUGAGCAUCCCGAACGCGGCCGAGACGGCUCCCGAAAUUUACAAACUCGUCAAUAGAGGUAGCGUGUUCGCCAACAGCGACGGCAAGCGCAUUUCGAUCCAACAAAUGGGCGACGGCAGCCUGAGUGUAUAUGCGUCGAGCACAGGCGGCGGCGAGGACUGGGCGUCCCCUGAGGUCUGCGGGUAUGAUUCGAACGACCUCGAGGCAGUCAAAAAGGCGCUCUCGGUCGUGUAUCAGGAUUGGGCCCCGGAGCUUACUGACGCGAUCGCCAGGACUGCGGGUGACUGCACUCCGAGGUCGCUCUAUAUGCUGCCAGUAGGCUUCAAGUGGUCGCAUCGGCGUGGUGUAACCAUGAUUGGAGAUGCAGCGCACUUGAUGACGCCCUAUGCCGGCGAGGGAGUCAACGUUGCGCUCGAGGAUGCAACGAAACUAGCCAAGGCCAUCAUCAGUGCCGUUGCCAAGGGCGGUGCACCCGAGCUUUUGGAUCAGAGGAUCGAGGCUUUCGAGAGGGAGAUGUUCCCCCGCGUGGAGAAAGUGCAGCGGCUGACCGAUGAGCUCAUGCACGACUUCAUGUUCACUCCCGGUUCACCGCGGACGACUAUCGCGACGUCGAUAGCGAGACAUGUCAAGUUCGAGACGCCGUGGGUGUUCCAUCCGUUGGCGACCGCUAUGGUACACUCGUUCUUUUUUAUGCGCAGGAUGCUGGCGCCUUGA